AGGCCCCCGUGACGGCCCAGGCACAGCUGCAGAGGAAGAGCCGCACGGAUCAAUCUCCUCCUGCCCGCCCUUUCCGCGCCUCGUGACUGCGUCCCCCCGCCCCGGAGCGCUCCCCUGCAGCCGGGCUGGAACAUGUCCAAGAAAGGAGGGAAACAAACCGAAAAAGGAAGGAAAGUACAUGUACCAUGUAAACGAGCAAAGGUGGCAGCAUCUUGCCCUUCUUCACCUAUGAACUAUGACAGCCCAGACAGUGUCUUUGAAAGUUUGAUCUUUCCCAUCGAACAAGAGAAGUUCUUUAAGGAGUACUGGGAACAAAAGCCACUGCUUAUUCAGAGAGAUGACCCUUCAGUGGCUGCUUACUACCAGUCUCUCUUUCAGUUAAUGGAUUUGAAGGAGCUGUCCAGCAAGGGUUUAUAUUAUGGAAGAGAUGUUAAUAUCUGCAGGUGCGUGAAUGGAAAAAAGAAGGUUUUAAAUAAAGAUGGCAAAGUGAACUAUAUGCAGCUGAAGAGAGACUUUGAUCAGAAAAAAGCAACAAUACAGUUUCACCAGCCUCAGAGAUUUAAGGAUGAGUUGUGGAGGAUCCAGGAGAAGCUGGAAUGCUACUUUGGCUCUUUGGUUGGCUCCAAUGUUUACAUUACUCCUCCAGGGUCCCAGGGUCUGCCUCCUCACUACGAUGAUGUUGAGGUGUUUAUUCUUCAACUGGAAGGAGAGAAACACUGGCGUCUCUACAAACCUACUGUGCAUUUAGCUCGAGAGUAUAAUGUUGAAUCAGAGGAUCGGAUUGGGAAUCCAAUACAUGAAUUCAUACUAAAGCCAGGAGAUUUGUUAUACUUUCCAAGAGGAACUAUCCACCAAGCUGACACUCCUCCGGGGGGAUCGUAUUCUACUCACGUGACCAUCAGCACCUACCAAAACAAUUCUUGGGGAGAUUUCUUGUUAGAUGCGAUUCCUGGGCUUGUGUUUGAUACAGCGAGGGAAGAUGUGGAUCUACGGACAAGUAUACCAAGGCAGCUACUGAUGCAGGUGGAUAUAGCUGACUCAACAAGGAGAUUAAGCAGCUUUCUGAGAAGUCUUGCAGACCGGCUGGAAAACACCAAAGAACUGAGAUCCUCGGACAUGAAGAAGGAUUUCAUCAUGAACCGAUUACCGCCUUUCUUGGGGAACAGCUCUGAUCCCUUGGCUCCAGGUGGAAAAUUACCAAAAUUAGACAGCAAAAUCAGAUUGCGGUUUAAAGAUCAUGCCAUAAUUACAGUGGAACCUGAUCAAGAAAAUUCUGAUGAGCUUGGCAAAGAGAUGGUUUAUGUCUAUCACUCUUUAAAGAACAGGAGAGAGAGGCACAUGAUGGGGAAUGAGGAUGAUGACACUAGUGAAGAAGGGAUAUCCGAGACUCAUGGAUUACGUUUUCCUUUACCUCACAUGGAUGCAUUGAAGCAAAUCUGGAGAAGUGCUACUGUCGCUGUUAAGGAACUGAGCCUUAAAUCAGAUGCAGAGAAAGAGAACCUUGUGUUAUCACUCUGGGCUGAAUGUCUCAUCGAGGUAAUCUGAAUCUUUCAAAAAUCAGCCAUGUUCCUGGAGCCUGACAGUUCAGCCUUGGAGUAUGUACUGACAAAGGACCAUCUGAGUCCUCCUCUUCUAUGGAGCUGCUGCCUUGUAUUGACAGCAAAGUAAAAAAUGGCAAA